AUGUAGGGAGUAAACAGAAGUGAAAUUAUUUAAUUUAACGCAACAAAUAACAAUGAUAUAUCAUUAAUAUGGUCAAAUAAAAAGUAUUAUACUAACUUAUUUUCACAAACUUUAUUUUAAGAUAGAAAUAUAAUAAUUACAGAUACUGAUAUUGUUAGUAUAAAUCAUUGCUAAUUUAGCAAUAAUAUUGGUAUUGAUGGUUCUUGCCUUAAAUUUUAAUAGAUAAACUUUAAUGUAACAAUAUAAUAAUCAGUAUUUUUAAAUAAUAUAGCUUUAGCAAAUGGAGGAGCUAUUUACAUAUCAGAUUCUAAUAAUAUAACAAUUAAAAAGAAUACCUUAUUUUAAAAUAAUACUGCAUAAAUAGGAGGAGCUAUGAGAAUCUAAAACACUUAAUAACAAAUAUUUAUUUAUAAAAGCUCUGAUACUAAUUCUACAAAAAUAACUUUAAUAUACACAGGAUACAUGUUUGAAUAAAAUAAAAAUGACUUAAUUUUACAAAAUAUUAAAAGUGGUGUAUUUAGUUUAAAUUGUUUCUCAUUUAAUAAUCUGCAAGUAACAGGUUUUCCUUUGUCACAAAUAUCAACAGCAUAUUUAUCGAUCACUAUUAGUUAAUGGCAAUAAAAUAUAGAAAUUCCAUUUACUUUAAUAUUUAGAAAUUGCAUCAAAGGAGAGGUUUACGAAAUGAUAUCAUCAAAUUUAGUUAAUUGUGUUUCAUGCAAAUAUAUUAACAAUUAUAUAUGCAAAAAAUGCCCUGAAGGGUCUUAAAGUUGCUUUUAAGAUAAAAUCCUUCUUUAAAAAGGAUACUGGAGAGAAACGAAUAAUUCUGACUAAAUAUUUUAGUGUAAUUAGAUAAAUCCAGAAAUAUGUGAUAGCAAUAACUAAAAUGGAUGUAUAGAAGGCCAUAUUGGACCUCUAUGUGAAACAUGUGAUUUCUUUGGUAACGUAUGGUAGGGAAAAAGUUAUGCAUAAGGAUCAUAAGUAUAUGAAUGCAAUGCUUGUAGGGAUGAAAUACUUUAAUUAUUACUUGCUAUUUUGUUAAUUGUGGUCUUACUAGUUUACUUGCUUUCUUCAACUUUAAUUUUUAUUAGAUAAUAUGUCUACAAUUCUACUCUUACUUAUAUAAGGAUUUUAAAAAUACUACCCUACUCUAACAGCUGUCUAUUAGAUUAAUCUACCUUUAUAAUAAAAACACUAAUCAAUUACCUUUAGGUAUCUUCAAUUCUUGUGAAUAUAGAUUAUAAACUAAUUUAUUCAGCUAUAAAUAUUGGAUCAUAAUUUGUAGGAUAGCCUAUUAGUAGUAUUGCUGUAAAUAGCUAGUGUUUUUAUAAAUACUUAGGUUAUGAACUAUAUAAUUACAAUGAGCUAAAAAUUAGGUCUUUGCUUUUUUUUCUUUUUUUAACCUAACUGUAUAGCCUUUUGUGUAAGUACCUUAGCUUGCAGAUAAAUUGGUAGCAAUUCCUAUGUUGCAACGAGUUUAAUCAUAAGUUGUAGUGA